AUGGACUCUCUACCAUCUCUUCGACGCCUCGCCGUCGCUCUUCUCUCUCUGACUCCUGCAGUCUUGGCCCAGGACAAGGCUGAGGUCCUUACCAAGUGUCUCGACAAAGCUGGUGUCCGCAAUGUCAUCGACACGGACAGCUCUUGGGCUCAGGAAACUGUCAUGUUCCAGAAGCGUCUCAAGGCAGACCCAGAGGCUGUCGCUUUCCCCGAGAACCGUGAUGAAGUCGCCGCUUCUCUGAAGUGCGCGCGUGAGUCAAAGGUCAAGGCCAACGCUCUCGGGCCUGCGCAUUCAUUCCAAGGCAAUGGCUUCGGAAAUCCCGGAAACCUCGUUAUCAACAUGGCCGCCUUUGAUGAGGUCAGCUAUGACAAGAAGUCUACCCUUCUUACUUUCGGAGGAGGCACCCACGUCGGGCCUGUCCUCAAGUAUCUCUGGGAUACUGCUGGCCGCCACAUUCCUCACGUCCGUGGUGCACACGUUGGCGUCACUGGCUCUAGUAUUGGAGGAGGCUUUGGUACUACAUCGCGAUUCCUUGGAACUCCUAUGGACAACCUUGUUGAGAUCGAGUACAUGCUGUACAACGGAACCAUCGUCAACGCCAAGAAGGGCUCUGACCUUUUCUGGGCCGCUCAAGGCGCUGGUGCUUCUUACGGCAUCAUCCUCUCUACCAAGACCAAGACUCACAAGCCUCAGUUCGACAAGGCUAUCAACUUUACCCUCUCGAUGGGCGACCUUAGCCCCGAGGCUGGAGCCAAGGCUCUAAUCGCCAUUCAGGACUACUCCCUGAGCAAGGAUUGCCCCGAUACUUGGGCUUUCCGCUGGAGCAUGAACGCUCCUCCCUAUGAUGGCACUGGUUACUUCUACGGUAACCCUGACAAGUUUGACAGCGUCAUGGCCCCUCUUGUCAAGAAGCUCAAGACCAUCAACUCUAACGUUGCGGUCAAGAGCACUGUCCUUCCCUGGUGGGAUUUGGAAGUCGCGGUCGCUGGCCCGGGUAUGAACCAACCCAACGGUGGAGCUCUCGGAGGCCGAGCCUUCUACACCCAGUCUUUGACUACCACCACCGACCACCCUCUUACUGUCAAGCAAGCCCAGAUCCUUUUUGAGGGCACUACCCUUGCUUUCAACCGCACUGACAUGACCAAGUUCGGAUACAUGGACCUCUGGGGCGGUGUCUCCCGCUCUAUCAAGGACAGCGACACUGCCUAUGCUCACGGUUCGAACCUCUGGCUGAUUCGGUGGGAUUCGAAUGCUUUUGGCGCCUACCCCAGCGACGGUAUCGCCUAUAUGAGAGCCGGCAUCAAGCCCUUCGAGGAAGCUCUUGUCAAGGGCGGUGCUAAGCUCCGUGGCUUCGUCAACUAUGCUGAUACCGAGCUUACCGAGGCGGAAUGGAGCUCUCGUUUGUACGACGGCAACUACCAGCGUCUCAAACAGAUUAAGGCUCGCUACGACCCCGAGGGUCUUUUCAUCAACCACAAGCACAGAUUGGCCGACAGAUUUGCCAAGGAGGGUUACAUCACUGUCGCACCCGAUCUCUUCAGAGGUUCCCCUGCGCCAAGCGAUGAACCCAGCUUCAACGUGACCGAAUUUCUUGCCAAGUAUCCUCCCAGCGUGACUGAUCCAGUUGUCGCCAAGGCAAUCAAGUACAUCCGCCAGGAACUUAAAGUUAAAAAGGUUGCUGCUUCGGGGUAUUGCUACGGUGGUCGAUAUGUCUUCCGUGAGCUUGAUAAGAAGGGUGGCGUAGAUGUUGGGUUCACGGCGCAUCCUAGUUUGUUGCAGACUGAUGAGAUUCAAGCUGUAGCGAAGCCUGUCUCUAUUGCUGGUGCUGCCAAGGACGACAUCUUUCCUCAGCCGAGACAAGCAGAGACCAAUGCCAUUCUCACCAAGAUUGGCAAACCCUUCACUUCAACUCUGUACAGUGGUACGACUCAUGGCUUUGCGGUUCGUGCUAAUGCUUCAGAUGCUCAGCAAGCAUUUGCCAAGGAUGAGGCUUUCUACCAGGCUGUGCGCUUCUUUGAAGCCUGGGACUAG